AUGUCUGAUCAAACAGUCAAUAUCCCACAACUCCUCAUCAUAAUUCUAGUCGGAGCGUUCGCAGUGCGGUAUUUAUUUUUCUCCGGGUCCAAUAACGGUUCCUCGGCCUCGAAUCGCAAUAGCGCAAGUAAUGUUCGAGCACGAGAGGCAGAUGUUGAGCGUAUACAACAGAUGUUUCCGCAGGUGUCGAGGAGGAGUAUUAUGUGGGAUUUACAGCGGAAUGGAGGAAAUGUAGUGGCUACCACGGAGCGGAUAUUGAGUGGGAGAGGCUUAGAAGUUCCUCCUCAAUCUUUCCAACCUCCGCUCCCAGCACCCGCCGUCGCCUCUUCAACAUCAAUCCAAUCUUCCAAGCCCACCCAGCCAGAUUUAAUAACGCGAUACAAUCUGAAAGCGAAGCUAGCAGAAGAACAAGCGGAAAAACGAGAGGCUGAAGAGCGAGAAUCGAAACAGAAGCAAGCAGGGGGUGCAGCUUGGAGUUCUAAUAAAAAUGAAAGACAGGCGCUUUUGCAGAAGAGGAGAGAAGAGAUGAUUCUAGCGGCAAGGAGGAAAAUGGAAGCGAGAGUUGCGAAGGAGGUUGAGCAGGGUGGAAGUGGUGAUCGUAUGGCGCAAAGCGUCAUGAGACGUCCAAGUCUCCGCCGAUUUAAGCAAAGCACGGAUGGGUCAUCAUCCCCUCCUGCAGAUCCUUCUUGUACACCCUCCUCCAGUUUCCGCGGCUCGUCGUAUUUUACUUCAAAAGUAGUAAAGCGGGCAAAGAAGGCAAGCGAAGAUUCGCCAAACUAUUCAUCUCCCUUAUCUUUCUGGACCAAGCGAAAUUCUCCAGAAAUCGAAGAGAGCCCCCACGAAACCACUAUUGUAAAUGACCCUGGUUCUACAGCGGAAUCAAAGUCGCCAAGGAAAGACGUUCAAGAUUGGAACAUUACUAGACUUUUUGAUCCAAUUCCCAGUGAUUCAAUCAAUCAAAUCCCGGUACAAGGUCCAUCUCAUAGCAACUCGGAUUGGAAUGAACCGAGAAAUCUUGACACAAGACCGAUUGUUCCACAACAAGGAAUUGACCCGCCUCGACCUGCCCGUGAAGGUUAUGAAUGGGUAUGGUUUCCAGCAGGAUACUGGGCUGAGCGCGAACUACCAGCAGGGCUCAGCAUAACAAAUCCAGAAGGGCUUAGAAGUAGUAAAACCUAUUUCUUUUCAAGAGCUGCUGAGAGUGGGAGCAAUGACUCUGAGGGAUCCACCUCGCCAAAAGGCUCUCGAAGGUUUUGGGGUAGCUUCUCUUCCAGAGUUGCCAAACAGUAUUCAGGGCAAUCUUUCAAGGGGUCCAUCAACUCCGCUAUAUCUUCAAGUAAAAGUGAGAGGUUUUUGAAUACCUUGCAAUCGAUAUCGCCGACCCAUUCUCGGAAUGAUUCUCCUUCGGUUGAAUCCGAAGGGCUGUGUGGUAAGACAAAACGCAACACACCUUUAAGACGGCAUCUUGCAGUACCCUUUAGUAGGAAGAAAAAGGCCAAGCCUGAUACGCCAUCUGUUGCAUCUUCACGAGUUACGACAUCUAGUCCUCAAACUGCACGGGUACUCGAGGGUGCCAUUGGCUAUUUCGAUACAUACGGAGAGCAGCCAAACGCUACAUCGUCAUCCUCAAACGCAUCGAUGGGCUCGAAGCCCCGGUGGAGAUUUGGAACCCUUCCGUGGCAUCGGAGGUUAUCUGACAAUUCGAUGUCAGCCUCUAGCUCCAUAUGUGAUCUAUUGGCCGGAAAGACGCCAAUGGGAACACCAAGAUCCGAUCAACGUUAUGUUGGAACAGCAGGAAAAUCAUACAUGAAGGUUGAAAUAUCGGAACCUGAUGCACCUACUUUUCUGCCGUCUGAAGCUCAACGUGUCGAUACGCCACUAUGGUCCCCCAAGCGAGACCCACGGCGUGGUUUUCUUUCAAACAUGUUUCCAUACGAGAGUGAGCAAAAGGUACCAGAGAAACACUCUAGUAGCACGUCGAGACCACGACGUGAUACGAAUCGCUCGACUUUACGUCACUUGUUGAAAACGCCAACGCUGUUCACACCAAAUAGUCGUCAUGGGUCACCAGAUUCCGAAAGGCACUCUAAAUCGAGACCUCCAACACCCAUGAGAUCUUCUGUAUCGCAGCACUUUUCGAAAGCCCAUGCAUUUGAACUUAAUGUUCCUGAUCAUUUACCUAACAGUCCACUAUGCCCCGCAAAUCCUAUGCAUCCGAGCAACGGCCAGGCACUCACCUUCCAGCAAUCUUGCUUCUUCUCUAAACCCGAAAACAAAAACGUAAGGCAAUAUCAUCUUUUGACAUCGAUCGAAUUGAUCAUCAUGUCAGCUUCCGAUCAAGAUCCUUUACUUCUCCUGCGACAAUCGAUAGCCUCAGAAAGUCCUUGCAUACCCACUACCACAGAAGAUGCAGCAUCCUCAGUAGACCUGAGUCUGGCAACAGCAACCUACCUCCACUUUACCUCACCCCUCCAAGUAUCAAUUCCAUUUACGACUGCCACACGUUUCAUUUCCUCAGACAAACCUGUGAAUCUUCGCAGCAUCUAUUUCGCAUGGCAGCAACGCGAACUAGCAAUCCCAGAAUACAAUGCAUCAUCAACGACAUUGAGCGCGCAAUUGGCGGCAGAGGGCGGCGCUGGUGGUGAAAUCCAAAAUUUGUCAUUUGUAGAACGUUUGGAUCUUAUUACGUGGUUGGAGGGCGCGUCGGACGAAUCGCAAUAUAUUAAGCCUUUAGCUUCAGAUACGUCAAAUGCGACAGCCUCGGCGCAGGUUGCUUCUGGGGCGACUGGGGGAAUAGCACCAGUUACGAGUGGCAUGGGAGGUAGACAGGGAAAGAAUGUUGAUCCUAGGCUAGCAGAGAUCUACAACGGGGAGAGGAGGAUGGGAGAUAGGAAUAGUGUAUUGAGGGGGAUUAAACCUACGGAUUUCUCUCAUGUCCGCAAACUCGCAUCUCCAUUCCUCUCACGCAAAGCUGCACACGCUGCCGCACAAAAUCUAGCAAACAACCCAGCACUCGCUCAUAACCUCAAGCCUGUCCGCCGUCCAGAUCCUAUCAUACUUUUGUCUCCAUCCGCGUCUUCCAUUCUUCGCAUGUCUAAUAUCAAAUCGUUCCUCGAAGGUGGUGCAUUCAUCCCUCCAGAUUCAGCAAGCUCUACCUCCAGUUCUUCGGCCUCAAUUCUACAUAUUUCACGUUUCAUACCUUCCAUAGAUCCUGCGCGACCAAUCCGUUUCAUUAUUGUUGAUACACCAGAGCAAUUUAAGCCCGAGUAUUGGUCAAGAGUUGUAGCGGUCUUUACUACUGGACAAGUUUGGCAAUUCAAGAACUAUAAAUGGCCACAGCCUACAGAUCUAUUCAGGAACACUCUAGGCUUGUUCGUAGGAUUCAGAGGAGAAAGUCUUCCGGAUACAGUUAAGGGAUGGGGAAGUGGAGUUUUGGCUUCGCAAGUCGAAAGGUGGGCUCCACAAGCAGGUCCAGCUAGUAGAUGGAGGGAUAAGGAAGUGGUAGAGAAUAUUUGGAAAGCAAUUGAGGGGAAUAUGAAGGCUAGAGGAUGGAGACGGGAUUCUGGUCCAAUCAAUUGA